AUGAAAUUGAAUUCUUGUGAGCUAGUCAGGAAUACUGUUAAUCUGGAUGCAUAUUCACCUCCUCAAGAGCUCCUCCAAAUCCUUCCUAAGAAGUCAACGAUCAGAGGAUCAGAUUCUGGUCCACAAAUUGGGCCAAAUAAUCCGAAAUUUUAUUUGGGAAUGCAAGCAUUGGUGGAUCUAAUUUUUGCAGUUGAGAGUUCUGUCUCUGACACAGCAAAGAAGUUGGGUUUAAGCACUGGGGCCCUAUCACGCUUGAUCCUUUCAGAUGAUUCUCUCCGAAUGGUAGUCAAUGAGUACAGGGCAUCUAAGGGUAUGAAGCCUCUCAAAUAGGAAACCAGUCGUUUUGUGUGUCAGAGAUUGGAGAUUGCAAGACUGAAGUAAUCAUCCUAAUCAAUAGAGGUUAUAGCUAAGAUUUGUUGUUGACAGGCUCCUUACAACUCCUGCGAAAAUCUGCAUAACUUAAUCACCAGUUAUCUUACAGGUUUUACAGUUACGAGGGGAAUUUAUGUUUGGAUAUUGUUUAAUUGAUUUUUAAGCAGUUGUUCAUGAUAGCAUCUUGCCUCUGUUCUUCUUCUUUU